CGGCGGCCCGGCACGGGGGCGUUGCUAUGGCGGCGGGGGCGCUGGGCGCGCUGGUGGCGGCGCUCGAGUCGUACCGCGGCCGGGACCGCGCGGUCCGCGCUCUGUCUUAUGGCUGCCAGCUGGCGGGCGGCGCGCUGGCCGGGACGCGGAGCCCCGCCGAGGGGCUGCCCGGGAGCCUCCUGGCCGUGUCGGCCCAGCUGAGCUCCUGCCGCACCGUCCUGCGCCUGCUGGACGACUUGGCCAUGCUCAGCCACAGCCGCGCCUACGGGCUGGGGCCCAAGGACGAGGACGCGCUGGUGCGAGGGCUGUCGGUGCUCCGCAACGUGGCCGACCAGCUCUACUACCCCUGUGAGCACGUCGCCUGGGCAGCCGACAACGGCGUCAUUCGCAGCCGCUCCCAGCGCUGGUGGGCGGCCAGCACGGCGCUCUGGGAGCUCUCGCUGGUGCUGGGCACCCUGCGAUCCCUGAGAAUCCUGUUCCGGUUAAGAAGGAAGCUGAGGCAGCAGAAGCGUGCUCCGCCUUCACCACAGAGUCAACAGAAAAUGCGAGCCCAAGUGAAGGCUGAAGUUCUGAGCAUCGUCAGUAACUUGGCAGAUCUCUGCAACGCGAUCCAUUGGCUGCCACCAGGGUUCCUGUGGGCUGGACGGUUCCCUCCGUGGUUAGUGGGGCUCCUGGGGACCAUCUCCUCCCUGAUUGGUAUCUACCAGGCAUCUGGAAAGGGCAGUUCUGGAGCUGCGUGAGCUAUAAUUAAGCUUCUAAAACCCAAGUUUAAUGUGGUAAGAAGGUAUUUAAUGAGGCAGGCUGGAUGUUAACUUUCCUGGAUGCCAAUGAUUCUAAUUCCAUGAAUCCUGUAAUUGAGAGUGUAAUCAAAAGCUCUGUUACAGAGAGGGUUACUUAUGGCUGACAGAUUUUAUUCAUAGGAAUCUUUUGGGUGAAUCCUCUGAAAAUCAGAAUCUGAUAGAAUUGAUAACAGAGGGAAAAAAAGGUUGUGGUCGCUUCCAGCCUUCCUGUACUUCAAAAGACAGCUGGAAUCCCCCAGCCCCCGCUCUCGUGUAAAAGAGCACAAAGUGUUUGGUGCAGAAACAGCCGUGAUUGUUUGACUCGGAACUUCCAGAGGAUGGAUUUGGUGAGUUCCAGCUCCAGGCCCAGCACCUGGUGCUUCCCUGAGCCACAGAGCUGACCUUGAUGGUGGAAGUUUCUGUCAGAGGUUUUGGUGUCUGAGCCCACAGCAGCUGAUACCCCAAACACGGACAGGAGCGGGUGGCAGAGGGAGGCUGGUGGUUGGCAGCUCCUUGUGACUGCUGCAUUUCUUUAGAGGCCAUAGGGGAAAUAGCAGCAGCUGUAUGCAGUGCCUUGCCAAGCUUUCUUCCAGCUUUUCUACCCGAGGAGAAACCAGAACAAGCCAAAAGGUGCUCUGAGGCUCGGGCUGUGCCUUUGUGGAAGGCCACCGGGUGGAGCUGUUCCACCGAGCUCUGCGAGAGCCGACGGGCUUAGAAAAGAAAAAAAGGAAAAAAUGUUGUUGAUCAUUUUUGAAAUAACUGGUGAAACCAAUGCACGAGUGAGUUUUACAAUCGUAUCUUUAAACGGUGCCAAUAAUAAAUGUGAGAAAUGCUUCAAAGGCGGCCUUGGGUCAUCAUUACUUCUGAUAAGUGGACAAACGUCAUUUAUGUGGCUUCAGAAAGCCCCAAACUGUUUCCAGGCAACGGAAGACAUUGGUGCUGUGCUGCUGCAGCACCCACGGGCAGGCAGAGACCAUCUGUUACCCAUCUUCCUUCAAGUGGAAUGAUUCAGAGCACCUCACUGCUGGAGGUUUUUGCAGAGAUGGGUCUUUUGGAAGCAGUGCUGCUCCAUCUGAGCAGUGUUGUGUCCUGCGUUGCCACGUGGCUCACCUCGCUGGGCUGUUUGGCUUUUGUGUGCGUGUAACAAAGAGCAGAAGCUGCCUCCUGCCUCUGUGCUGGGCCCAUAACGAGGCGUUGGUGCUCUCUACCCUUUGCCCUGUCCUUGCUGCCUUGGCUGGCUGUUUUACUGGACCUUCGCCCCGCCGCUGCACAGGAGGCAGUGCUGCCUUUGCUCACAGUUUGGUGGCUGAUCCGGGAGCAGCUGCACGCAGCGCCGCUUGGAGCACUGGCAGCUUCUGUCUGCAAAGGAUUCGUGUUUUCUGCAGUCUCAGACAGCUGGAACAUC